CUGACUUUUUCGCACUAGGACCAUGUAGCAUGCGUGGCUAUAGAGCUGAGCAUUGUCUUUGUUCCUACACUCAGAAUCUCUCCCCCUUCUCCACACUCCGCAGUCGCUCUCCCUAUACUCCACUUCCAUUACAGUAUUACACCGGUCUGGAUGAUUGCAGAAACAGCAACAUGGCUGUGAAUCUCAGCAAGAACAGACUGGCCCUUCUAACAGCCUACCAGGAUGUUAUUAACGAGACCUCGUCUACCGACUGGGCCUUGUACACAUAUGAGGGCAACAGCAAUGAUUUGACUGUGGCAUCUUCAGGAGCUGGAGGUCUACCAGAAAUCACAGUGACCUUUGAUAAUGGCCGGGUCAUGUACGGCUUUUGCAGCCUGAAGGAGCCCACAGCGGCUCUCCCGCGUUACGUCCUCAUCAACUGGGUUGGUGAGGAUGUCCCUGAUGCCAGGAAGUGUCAGUGUGCCAGCCAUGUGGCCAACAUUGCAGAGUUUUUCCAGGUCAGUCUCCCUGAGGGAGUCAACAUUAUCAUCAACGCCAGUACCAUGGAUGACAUUGAGCCAUCUGCCAUCGGACAGAGACUGACCAAUGGGACUGCAUCGGUAGCCAGCCCAGUCCUUAGCCGGCUGAGAACCAGAGAGGAAGAGAAUGGAGAAAAUGGAGUGGGCACCGUGUACACCAAGACCAAUGCAGAGAUAGAAAUGAAGAAGAUCAAUAGAGAAGAAUUCUGGGAACAAGCCAAGCGGGAGGAAGAGUUGAGAAAGGAGGAGGAGAGGAAGAAGGUUGCUGAGGAGAGGCAGCGCUUUGAGGAGGAGAGGAUGGAGCUGGAAAGGAAAGAGCAGGAGGACAGAGAGAAGAGGUACCGCGAGAGGGAGAGGCAGAUCGAGGAACACAGCAGAAAGAAGAUGCAGGAGGAAGAGGAGGCCAAAGAGAGGACACGGAACCAGCCUCUCAUAACAGCUGAACCUAGCUAUGAGGACCUGGAGAAGGAGAAGAAGGAGUCUGAAGUGGAGGAGGCGAAGGCUCUCAUUGCCCAGCGGGCAGACAACCCCCGGGAGUUCUUCAAGCAGAAGGAGAAGGCUGUGGCCACUGGUGUGGACGCCUCCCCCGUGCCGGUCCCCAGGAACGGCCGUUUGGACAGUCCAUUGCCGGGCCGUUUGGACAGUCCGUUCUUGAAGCAGCAGCACAGUCCCAGCGAGCCCAGUCCGCCCCCCCUCCGCACCCCGCCUCACGUGAGGCUGCAGCCCUCUGCACCCGAUGAUGACGAUGAUGACGAAGGGAGCUUAGAUCGAAGCAUGGGGACGUCUCCAACGCCCAUUCCCAAAAUAGUCACCACACCCAUCCAGGAGGCAGAGGACGACAGCCAAAACGAGUGGGGUGAACCCGAACUAGAGCCAGAACCAGUCCCGGAGCCUACCCCCACCAAGCCCAUUCAGAGUGUGGCCCCUCAGACCCACACAGACUCCACAGAUCCGUCCUCAGACAACUUUGAUCCCUUCUCAGGCUUCAGGCCCCUGCCCACCCCCACUGCUGCAGAACCCCUAGUCGACCUAUGGGACAGCAGCCCUGCCACCGACCCCACCCCCUCUCAAGCCCUGCCCCCUGCUCCGGCCCAGCCUUUGCUGAGCUUUGACGACAUGGGGGAUGUACCGUUCUGCCCAGGAGGCCCUGAGGCGGCCGAGGAUGAGCCCUCCAGCCUGGUGGACGUGGCCGGGACCCAUGACAUGACCCUCAGUUACCAGCAAGCACUGCAACACGCUUCAGAUGACACCCAGCUGAUUACCAAUGGGGAGAUACUGCUCAAAGACGGGACGCAGGCGAGCGAGGGCUACUUCAGCCAAUCACAGGAGGAGGAGGAGUGCUCUGCUAAAAUUACACCAACGCCAGUGUUUUAUAACAAGCCACCAGAGAUUGACAUCACGUGCUGGGACACAGACCCUGUAAUGGAAGACAGCGACUAGGCAAUGACAGAGUGGCCGAGGAAGAGAAGUAGGAACAACAUGUCAUCAAGGACGAAACAGAUUUUUUAAAAGUAAUAAGUCUUGCAUAAGAUCUGUACAAUGCUCUAGAAACAACAAAAAAACGAGAUGUUAGCCACCGAAAAGGUUUUGAGUUAUUGUUAAAGAUGCUAAUGGGUUGAUGAAGAGCUCUUUUGCUUGUGUUUCUUUUUUUUAUUUAUUUCUUGGAUUUUCUUUCAAGUGUUUUGCUCUGUAGAGGGAACGGGGAAAGCUUCCUUGCGUACGUAAAUAUAGAGCACAGUACAGCACAACCGCAUCUGCUAGAGCAGACCGUGACCACAGUAACAGAAAAGGUAGUAGAUCAAGCCCUAUUGUAACCUGUCACCUCCCACAGCACCAAACCCUCUCCCCCAACCCUGGGACCUGCCUUGGGCCCUUACAGUUCCAGAUUUGCCUCUACCAUAGCUCUGGCCUUAGCUCUGGUCCUCUCCUCGGAGGACUAUGGAUUCUCUGUAGCUAGUUAGGUAUAAAAGCGGGUGCGGUUGCUGGUGGGAGUGAGGGAGAGAGGGAUCUGAGAGGGAAUGGUGCCACCAAUCCUAAAACCAAUCCUGUGUUACUGCAGUCUUGGCUUGGGAACACUACACCCUUCUCUCCAGUAGAUGACACCAAUUCCAUAUUUUGCUUUUCAUUGUGACAUCACUCAGCCUUUGUUUAAACUGUUGUUCACGUGCAUGCCCCUAGAUGGCCCCAGAGGCAGCCUGCUGUACAAUUGUAAUUCCACUGAUGGACAAGUGUCUCUGUGUCGUUUUUGCACAGAUGUUAAUCACCGCUCGACUCUCUCACCCAGUCAACUCAGUUCUGAUUUCACCCCUAACCGCCUAAAUGAGAACCAGUCCAGUGGAAUAGCAUGUAUUAUUGCUCUUAUGUUUAGACUUGUUCCUUGAUGCAACUCUCUCCACAAGGCUUAUAUACAAUGCUGUUCCCCAGUCUUCCUUUUUUCUGUCAUUACUGUUCAAGGGCAGAGUUUCAUUCCUGAAAUUCUACAUCUCUGAUCUGAUUCUAAAUCAAUCCAGGCAUAGAUAUAGAACAUUUAGCAGUACAAUUUUGUUAUAUCUCUAUGUUCUUACCACAGAGUUCUGAGUGGGAACCAGCAAGCAAUAAGAGAAUUAAGUAAUGUAUUAUGUCCUGUAAAUAGCCAUUGUUUUUUUAGUAAUUAAUGUCUACAACUAACAAGCGUCUAAUACUUUGUCAUUGUGGCCCUUAUUAUUAGGAUUUUGAGACUUUGAAUUGAAGUUUAUGGAUUAGAGUGAGGUUUUUAAAUGAGGUUUCUCUAAAGAGAGAUAUGAAAUGUGAGUUGUGGUGGGAAUCUAUACAUCCCCCACAGCUUUUCUCUGUGUUUCCCCUAAAGCUUGGUAAGAUCCAACCAACCCGCGUCUUUAGCACUAACUGACACCCCUUUUUACAUGAUUUCAAUGUAUACUUCUUCACCCUGAUAACCUCCUGGGUAGUGAUUAUUAUUCUCUCCCUAUCACACUACUAGGAGACUACUACUACUAUACUACUAUACUACUACUUCUACCCCCCAGGGCCCCAAAGCAAGGCUUAGCUAUUCCUUGUCUUCUCUUUCUCUCUUUUCAUUUAAAAAGAACAUCUUUUUAUUUCUCUCUCUUCCCUCUUUUCCGUCCGCUUCUCACAUGCUCUGUUUUUGAAAUAAGCACAAGAUCUUUUGUGACAUGCUAAGUGCUGAUGUAUGUUAAUAAAAGACUUAAAAACAUCAAAA